UAACGAUGCACAACCUCCACCAUUCUUCGGAGAAAUGCCACAUAAUUGGUUAAAAGAGCAUACUGAUUAUUACGAAGAAGUUUUAACUGAUUAUCGUGCAAAAUGUCCUAAGUUACGUGAACUUAAAAAAGCUAUGCGUCGAAAAAAUAAUCGAAUACAAUCAAAAUUAUUUCGAGGAAUUCUCCCAACUAUAAAAAAAUGGGAACGUCUCGAAAAGGAAUGGACUCCCUCAGAUCGUAUAUUAUCAGCACAUCGCCUAUCUCGAAGAAUUGCAUCACAAAAAUGCCUUAAACUCCAUCGUAUUAAAUAUCCAGAUCUACCGGUUCCACUAAUAUAUAGACCAAGAGAUGGACGUAAACAAAACUGCCUCGUUUCAAUUCCUGGUUCAUCUGAAAAACAAGAACUAGUAAAAAAUGAUAUAGUAUAUUUACCAUUGAAUACGCUUCCUGAAAAGUUUAUAAAAGAUAUAUGUGCUUUAGCAUUAACUCCGUUAUUAACUGAAGAAAAAAUACUUGAUUGGGAUUUGGGAUAUGCUAUGACUGUGCAUACUAGUCAAGGGAUGACGCUUGAAGCACCACAACGAGUUUGGGUUAUCGAUGAACAUUUGGCGUGGGAUAAUCUAAUUUAUUUAGCAGUUGGUCGUGUAGAAUAUUUGAGCCAGCUAAUUCGGAUAGAAGGUCCUCCAUUACCUCCUGAGAUUGAGGAAGCAAAAAAUAAGAAAGCAAUUGAGCGAUCCCUAAGACCAUUUAUUUCUGGAAAACUCAUAAGAUAUAUGGAUCAAGAUAAGAAAAAAG